AGCUUACCCGAAGAUUCUACUACAGGCUAGAAUUUGUAUCUUCAACAAAGAAGAACAAUCUCAGAGCCUCAUGGAAAAGGACCGUACCAGCUAAUCCUUCAAGAUUCAUCAGAGGUGCAAGUUCCUCCAGGAAGCCCUUCUCUGACCCUUGUAAGGUCUCUGAGGUUCCACCAAAAUAUGGAACUUGAUUUUGGACAUUUUGAUGAAAGAGAUAAGACAUCCAGGAACAUGAGAGGCUCACGGAUGAAUGGGCUGCCUAGCCCCACUCACAGCGCCCAUUGUAGCUUCUACCGAACCCGAACCUUGCAGGCACUGAGCAACGAGAAGAAAGCCAAGAAGGUACGUUUCUACCGCAAUGGGGACCGCUACUUCAAGGGGAUUGUGUACGCUGUGUCCUCUGACCGUUUUCGCAGCUUCGACGCCUUGCUGGCUGACCUGACACGAUCUCUGUCUGACAACAUCAAUCUGCCUCAGGGAGUGCGUUACAUUUACACCAUUGAUGGAUCCAGGAAAAUCGGAAGCAUGGAUGAACUGGAAGAAGGGGAAAGCUAUGUGUGCUCCUCAGACAACUUCUUUAAAAAGGUGGAGUACACCAAGAAUGUCAAUCCCAACUGGUCUGUCAAUGUGAAGACAUCUGCUAAUAUGAAAGCCCCUCAGUCCCUGGCUAGCAGCAACAGUGCCCAGGCCAGAGAGAACAAGGACUUUGUGCGCCCCAAGCUGGUGACCAUCAUCCGCAGUGGGGUGAAGCCUCGGAAGGCUGUGCGUGUGCUUCUGAACAAGAAGACAGCCCACUCCUUUGAGCAAGUCCUCACUGAUAUCACUGAAGCCAUCAAACUAGAGACCGGGGUUGUCAAAAAACUCUACACUCUGGAUGGAAAACAGGUAACCUGUCUCCAUGAUUUCUUUGGUGAUGACGAUGUGUUUAUUGCCUGCGGUCCUGAAAAAUUUCGUUAUGCUCAGGAUGACUUUUCUCUGGAUGAAAAUGAAUGCCGAGUCAUGAAGGGAAACCCAUCAGCCACAGCUGGCCCAAAGGCAUCCCCAACACCUCAGAAGAGUUCAGCCAAGAGCCCUGGCCCCAUGCGCCGGAGCAAGUCUCCAGCUGACUCAGCAAACGGAACCUCCAGCAGCCAGCUCUCUACCCCCAAGUCUAAGCAGUCUCCCAUCUCUACGCCCACCAGUCCUGGCAGCCUCCGGAAGCACAAGGACCUGUACCUGCCUCUGUCCUUGGAUGACUCAGACUCACUUGGCGAUUCCAUGUGAAGGAGGAGAGUAUUCAGAGUCCAGAGUACAAAUCCAAGCUUACCGUUACAAUAGGGUACUUCUGGUCAAGCGGCCAACAGGGCUACUGGUGCUUUCAAGUUUUUAUUUUGUUGUUGUUACUUUUAAAAACACACUGUAAUAUGUUGGGUUUAUUUUCCUGUGAUUUCUCCUCUGGGCCACUGAUCCACAGUUACCAAUUAUAAGAGAUAGAUUGAUAAGCAUCCUUUGGGGUAACUUUCCAACGAUGCAAAAUGUGCUAGUCCAUGACCUUUCUAUUGAAUACUUAGGCGCCUGCGUUAUUUUUCCCCAUCUCGCUUUGCUCAUACAUGACAGUCUUCCUUCUGUAGAGAGUUGUUUACAUACAUGGCACUUAAGAUGUGUGUGUGGGGGAAGAAAACUCAUUGGCAAAUCCAAGAGUGACAAAUACAAGUGCCCCUUGUCUCCCCAUCUCAAGAAUGCUGGAGGAUCCUGGGAAGACGGCAAGGCAGCUCCCCAGCCUGGCUCUUCACUCCUGAUUGAACCCCCAGUUUGUUGUUUAGCGCCAAUUCUGGCUGUCAAGGGGGAGAAACACCAGCAACUUGUCAUUCUGACACCAGAUGCUUAGGACCCCGGUGCAGGGCUGCCUUAAAGAAACCAGGCAAAAUUGGAAAACACUGUAGACAUUUCAGUAGUGUUUAUACAGCACAGUGAAUUCCUUGUCAACAUCUCCACUGGGGCAAUUUAGAAUCAAUAAGCAAUUAAUAAGAGUUGGGGGUGAGCGGCUUCCAUAUACCUGAUUCCUCUAGGAGGCUGUCUAACACAAACCGUACGGUAUCCAUCUAUCUCUGUUCUAUUGAAUGCCUUGUCAACAGCUAACACUGAAAACACUGUGAGAAUUUGUUUUCAGGUCUGACACCUUUCGGUCGCUUUUUAUAGCAAGAAACCAAUAUCCUUUUUAUAAAACCUCGUGUCUAUAUUUCAGGAGCAAACUCUUCAGGCUCCUUUUUUAUAAACUGGUGAUUUUUCUUUUGUCUAAAAAACACAUGCAGAAAAUUUACCAAAAAAAAAUGCAGAAGAAUAACGUAGUUUAGAAAUCAUGCUGUCACUGCCAAACAGAAACCUCCAGGAAAAAACAAAAUGAAUAGCAGAGGCCAAUUCAAUAGAAUCAGUCUUUUGAUAACUUUUUAACAGUUAUGCUUACAUUAAUAAUUUCAAUGUGGACCAGACAUUCUGAUUAUAUUUUAAAUGAAAUGUUAUGGCAUAUUUUAAGCAGCUCUUUUUUAUCUAUAAUCCUGAUAUUUCAUACUGAAGACAGAGAGUCCUUUCACUUGUCUUUAACACUAGAAAGGAUUUCUCUUUGCUGAGGACUGAUCAUUUGAAAUAGUUCUCAGUCUUUGAGGUACAGGUUCAUAACACUGCUUUUUGUCUGUAAUCAUAGCCCAUAAUGGCAAAGACAACUAAAUCAAGUGAAAGCCAUGCAUGCCAAUUCUGUGUUUGCUUUUAGCAGAUAUGAAGAUGUCCUUAUUUCUUUGUAAUUGUUCAGAUAGUUGGAAAGGCGCAGCAUUUGAAGCCAAGCUGCUGUUUGGCUAUUGAAUGACUUGCAUUUGUUCCUCCACUUUAACUAGAAUGAGCUUGCUGUGUGUGUGUGUGUGUGUGUGUGUGUGUGUGUGUGUGUGCAGCCACUUCAUAAUUAGGAGAUAUUACAGGACACCCCGACAUGGAUCAGUGACAACUUGGUGGCAUUGCUGAUGUGCACUGGGUAGGAGGAAACUCGUGAUGGAAGGGGUAGAUCAGAUGCCCCUAGACAAGCUUCAGGUGUCCUUAGCUACAUAAAACAGUUUUGGUUCAAGGAAAGUCCAGAUGUUGGUAGUAUUGAUUCCUGGUAAAACUGGUCAUUGAAGAACCCAAAAUGAUGAGAACCUCUUUUUGCCCCUCUCCUUUAUUCGUAGGCUGUUAGAAACCAUUAAGAAGCCCAUUGUACUUACCCCCUACUUCUUUCUAGAAGUUCAAGGUUUGCUUAGUGCCUGCCAGAGCAAUUUGUAGUUAAUUGGGAAAAAUUGGUACUUGGGUUGGAGGAUGUAGAGAGUGGUAGGAGGUCUGUUUCUAAACUGCAGGCCCGAUUCCCCAAAGAUUUCACCCACAAUCUUUCCCCAGAUCUCAUUUAGUCCAAUUCCUUCGAUUUAAGAUGAAAUGCAGGCUGAGGCAGCUAAAUGACCUACUGGUAAAGAGCCGGACCAGAGGAGAAACUCAGAUUUCCUCAUGUCCACGCCCUGUGCUACACCUCUGAGCGUUCCCUUGCUUGUGGCAUAUGUACCAUUAGAAAAUAUUCAGUGGCCAUAUUUUCUUUAGAAUGAUCUUUCAA